AUGUUAUAAGAUGAGAUCAUGAAACCUUCUUUUAAAUUAAGUGAUUUAUUCAAGUACCAAGACUAAAUUCUCUAUACUGAUUCUCUUAAUAAAACAAAGUCUUUGGCUCCUUCAAAACUUCUCUAAAAAAUAUAUUUGAUAUUAUUAAUAAGGCAUUUCAAUUCACUAUUGGAGAAUUUACUUAAAGCAUAAAAAAAGAAAGAGUAGAUUAAUAAAUUUGUAGAUAUUGAAUGUUAAUAAUUGCAAGUGUAAUAAUAAUUGGAAAAGAGAAUUUAAUAAAUAAUAAUUGAAGAUCUUAAUUUAUUAGUAUUUGCAUUAUGUCAUAUUUCAAAACCAAUAGUUGAUUUCCUGGAAAAUCAUUUUAUUGAUUAUGCUGAAGAGUUGUAAAUAACCAUUUGGGAAAUUAAUCUUUAACUUUUUCAACCUAGAAUUAUUGAAUUAAUUAAAUAACAUAUAGCCAUAAGUAUGAACAUAGUUACUGGAAACUUAUAUUCUCAUUUAUUAGAAUAAUCAUAUUAAUUAAUAUGUAGUCUAUCAUUUGAAGUUAGUGAUUAGAUUUGGUUAAUAUUAGAUGAAUGCAGAGGUUACAUAGAACCUUUUAUUUCUAAAUUUCGAGAAAUAGUAAUACAUAUUAAAUAUUAUAGACCAUCCCAUAGAGAUUAUUAAAUAAAUAUACUAUCUUAGCAUUAUUCUAAGAAUUAAGUUAGAAUAUCUAUUAAACUAUAUAAGACCUUUUGGAAUUUACACUAUUUCAUUAUGCUGAACUUGAUGUUAUUGAAAAAUUUAUGAGAUAUGCUAUUGAAAAUUACGAUACAUUAAUGUUGAUAAAUAAAAUACUAUCUAGCUCAGCGUAACAAAAUGAAAAUAUUAUCAAAAUAUCAGUUGAUUAAGUAUUAGAUUAUCUACAAAAAUGUUUCACUAAUAAAAGUAAGUCAAUCGCUGUAUAUAAAAUUUAAUAUAGGUAAAAGUUACAAAAAUUAUUAAAUAAAGAUAAUGAGGAUUAAUGUACUUAAUCAACUGAUAUUAAGUCUUUUAAAAUGCAAAAAGAUAUUAGAUAUUAUUUAAAUGGUUUAUAUUUGGAGAGUGAAGAUCCUUAAUCAAAAUUUAUCAUCUAUGUUAUGAAUGAAGAAUUUAAAGUGAUAUAUGCUCCACUUGUUAGUAGAAGAUUGGCAUUUUAUAAAGUAAAUUGAUUAUAUUCUAUUUGUAAUUGAUUAGUAAGACAAGGGUGGAUUCUUUAAAAAAGAUUCUAAUAGAAAAUCAGGUUGGGAAGUUUACCCAGUAAAGUUUAGAUCAAUGAAGGAAUUGAUUCAUUCUAGUUGAAUUCAUGAAUUAUUGGCAUUAAUGAUAUUAAAUUAAUAUUAAGAGGAUGUGUAUUAAUUAAGAAGAAAGGUUGGAGGAGAGAUGGAUACUAUGUUUGGAUCAUUUUUAGCUAAUAUUAAUAGAAAUAAGUAUAUAAAAAAUCUAUUAGUAGAGAGUUUUUACAAAAUUUCUGUGAAAAUGCUGUGAAUAAUGGAUGUAUGCAAUAAUUAAUUGCAUAUAUGCCUUUACUUAAAGAAUUUUUAAAUUUAGGAGGGUUUGGUGCAUAAGCAUUAUUAAUAAGUUAAGAAAUUUAUACUCCUUAGAGAACAUUUACUUCUACAUUAGCUAUAUCGACUUCGUUUUGGUGUCAGGUGCUAUAAUUGAUUAGACUUUGAUUCCAAUACCAUUGGUAGGAGGUAUUGUUGGAGGAAUUAUUGGAGGUUAUUUGGGAAAUAAGGGAAUGACCAAUUAUACUAAGAGUAGAAAUGAGAAGAAAUCUUAAGAAGUUGUGUAAAAAUUAUUAUAAAAUUAAUUAUAAGAUGGUCAUUGGGAAUGCAAUAAGAUCAAUUUGGAUAUUAUGGUUAUAAAUUUUAAAAUAUUAAAUGAUUACAUACCCAAAGUUUUAAGUGAGGAUAGUGAGAGACAAACAAAAUGGAUAAAUUUAGUGAUAUUUGCAGUAUCGAGUUUGUUCUUUAAUUCAAACGAUACAGUGGGAGUGUGGCAAGAAUGUUUAGACUGUUUACUAAAAUAUAUAUAAAUUGAGAAAAUAUCAUUGGCAGAUACUCUAGAAAAUUUAAAAUAGAUAGUUGAAGUCAUAGUAAAAAAUCUUUGA